GGCGGCCCCUCCCCGUGCCGGCUGCGGGCGGGCGGGCGCCGCGAGCCCCGAGUUUCGGCGCCUGGGAGGCAGAUGCGUCCGCGGCUCGGGUUCCUGGCAGAUUUCUCAGCAGCAUGACGCCGGAGCCAGAGGCCGGCACUCCCGGGUUUCAGCAUGGCUGAGCUGGACGCUGAUUUGGAUCUCAUCGUCCCUUCGUCUCUCCUCCCGCCCGGCUGGGCCAAGUUAGUGGUGGGACUUGUGGCCCUGGUGUGUUUUGCACGGAGCUACGAUGGAGAUUUUGUCUUUGAUGACUCAGAAGCAAUUGUUAACAACAAGGACCUCCGAGCAGAAACACCCCUGGCUGACCUGUGGCUUCAUGACUUCUGGGGCAGCCGGCUGAGCAGCAACUCCAGCCACAAGUCCUACCGACCCCUCGCCGUCCUCACGUUCAGGUUCAACUACUACCUGUCAGGAGGCUCCUACCCCAUGGGUUUCCACGUGGUCAACAUCAUCCUGCAUGGCGGCGUCUCCGUGCUCAUGGUGGACGUGUUCUCAGUGCUGUUUGGUGGCCUGCAGUUCACCAGCAAAGGCCGCAGGGUGCACCUGGCCCCCAGAGCAUCCCUGCUGGCGGCUCUGCUGUUUGCCGUGCAUCCGGUGCACACUGAGUGUGUUGCUGGUGUUGUCGGUCGCGCUGACUUGCUCUGUGCCCUGUUCUUCUUGCUGUCUUUCCUCAGCUACUGUAGAGCAUUUAAAGAAAAUAGCAAAGAGGGAACGCGUUCUUCUACCUUCUGGGUCUUGCUGAGUAUCCUUCUGGGAGCUGUGGCCAUGCUGUGCAAGGAGCAGGGGAUCACCGUGCUGGGUUUGAACGCCGUGUUUGACAUCCUGGUGAUCGGCAAAGUCAAUGUUCUGGAGCUUGUCCACAAGGUACUGCGCAAGCGCAAGUCGUUAGAGAGUGCCAGCGUGCUCAGGAACGGGGCCCUGCUCUUCCGAAUGGCGCUGCUCACCUGCGGAGGUGCCGCUGUGCUCUACGUGCGCUGGAAGAUCAUGGGUACUGGCCCUCCCACCUUCACCGAAGUGGACAACCCGGCCUCCUUUGCUGACAGCCUGCUGGUCAGGGCCAUAAACUAUAAUUACUACUAUUCAUUGAACGCCUGGCUGCUGCUGUGUCCCUGGUGGCUGUGUUUUGAUUGGUCCAUGGGCUGCAUCCCCCUCAUUAAGUCCUUCGGGGACUGGCGGGUAAUUGCGCUGGCUGCACUCUGGCUCUGCCUAAUUGGCCUGAUACGCCAAGCCCUGUGCUCUGAAGACAGCCACAGGAGAAGGACCCUCACGCUGGGCCUGGGCUUCCUCGUUAUCCCCUUCCUGCCAGCAAGCAACCUCUUCUUCCGUGUGGGCUUUGUGGUGGCUGAGCGAGUCCUCUACCUGCCCAGCAUGGGCUACUGCGUGCUGCUGACCUGUGGGCUCGGAGCCCUGAGCAGGCAUACCAGGAAGAAGAAGCUCGUGGGCGCCAUCGUCCUGGGGAUUCUAGCUCUCUACACUCUCAAGUGUGUGAUUCGCAGCAGUGAGUGGCGGAACGAAGAGCAGCUCUUCCGAAGCGCCCUGUCCGUGUGUCCCCUCAACGCCAAGGUUCACUACAAUAUUGGCAAAAACCUGGCUGACAAAGGCAACCAGACGGCCGCCAUCCGGUACUACCGCGAGGCUGUCAGAUUAAACCCCAAGUACGUUCACGCCAUGAAUAAUCUUGGAAACAUCUUGAAAGAAAGGAACGAGCUCCAGGAAGCUGAGGAGCUGCUGUCGCUGGCCGUGCAGAUACAGCCGGACUUCGCUGCUGCUUGGAUGAACCUGGGCAUAGUGCAAAACAGCCUGAAACGGUUCGAGGCUGCCGAGCGGAGUUACCGGACAGCCAUCAGACACAGGAGGAAAUACCCAGACUGUUACUACAACCUCGGGCGCCUGUAUGCGGACCUCAACCGUCACGUAGAUGCGCUGAACGCCUGGAGAAACGCCACCGUGCUGAAGCCCGAGCACAGCCUGGCCUGGAACAACAUGAUCAUCCUCCUGGACAGCACAGGUAAUUUAGCCCAAGCUGAAGCAGUUGGAAGAGAGGCACUGGAAUUAAUCCCCAACGAUCACUCUCUCAUGUUCUCGUUGGCAAAUGUGCUGGGCAAGUCCCAGAAGUACAAGGAAUCUGAAGCUUUAUUCCUCAAGGCAAUUAAAGCAAAUCCGAAUGCUGCAAGUUACCAUGGCAAUUUGGCUGUGCUCUAUCACCGCUGGGGACACCUCAGCUUGGCCAAGAAGCACUACGAGAUCUCCCUGCAGCUGGAGCCCGGGGCGGCAGGGACCAGGGAGAAUUACAGCCUGCUGAGAAGAAAGCUCGCGCAGAUGCAGAAGAAGGAGGGCUGAGCUUCGCCCACCACCUGCGCGCGCGUGCGUGUGUGUGUGUGUGUGUGUGUCUGUGAGAGUGUGUAUGUGAGUGUAUGUGUGAGAGUGAGUGUGUGUGUGUGUGUGUGUUUCAAUGCUGUAUGCACGAAACAUUACCAUUACGUGGUUCCGUUCAGCGAUGUAAAAUCCGAGGCGUGUUGAUUUGAUUGUGUUUUUUUUUCUAUGGAAACAGAGACAUGCAAAAAGAUUAAGCACCAGCAAUAUACUCUCAAAUGCCUGAUACAGUUUUUGCAUUGAAAUUGUAUUUUUUCAGACAACUUCAAGGUACUUCUGAAAUUCCAAAAGUUGAAUCUUUUUUUUUUUAAUUAAAGAAAAAGAGAAGAAAGUAGUUUAACUGACUUUACAAUGUGAACCUUGUCCUCUGUAUACUGUUAAACCUUGGUCAUGACCGAGAAAUGACAAACUGACUCCUAGAAGUGUUACGUAUGUCUGUAUAUUAGCAUUUUUAUUUAAUGACAAAACAUAAAAAUGAGAUUUUGCGGGUUUUUUAACUUCUUUUUUUACAAUAUGAACUUCAUUGGUAAGCAGAUAUUUAUUUGUAUGUUUAUGUGUUGAAACAGGGCAAAUAGUUGAACAAAGAAGAGGGCUUUUAACAUCUAGCAUAUUUGUAUGCUUCCCCCAAUGAAAGAAAUCCAUCUCUGUCAGCUUCAGUUUAAAGAAGAUUAUGAUGUUUGACACAAACUGUCAGGGUCAGCAGAAAAUUCCAGCUAUUCUUUAGGCCAGGAUGGCAGCCUGACAGCUUGCACUUUUUUCUAUAUUUGUUGUAAAGAGGGCUACACAAAUGUGUAACUUGAUUUUUUGUAUUUUUAACUACAAGGCACUUUUUUUUUUUUUUUGGCUUACUGGACAUUACUUAGAAAAUGCAAGGAACCAGUUUUCUCUGGUAAGGAACCACAUUUGGGAAAUCAUUGUUAUUUUAAACCUUGAGUUAUUUUCCUGUUUCAUUUGAUCAGAAUAAAGCAAUGUCUUAUUUC